AUGAGAGGUAUUCUCUUUUUACUCUUCCUCGCUUGCUCACAUGCAAAAAGCGGCAAUUCGCCGAAGAGAAGUGAUCAGCGCUUUUCUACUCCCACACAGAAUCAUGAACAACAAGGUGUAAAUUGGUCAGAUUUUGGUGAUCUAAUGCCAAUUGAUAAAGAUUCCGAGUGGCAAGAAUAUCGUCAAAAAGUGGGCAAUGAUCAUGAACUGUUUAAUAAAAACGAACAAAAGCCUAAGAAAAAGAGAGGCAGGCCACGUAAUCCACCAGUGAUUGUUGAUGAAACUUUCAAGUCUAAUGCCAGAACCGAGGUUGGCCUACAACGUGCAAAAGCGAAAUGGCUUUUGCAAAAGACUGAACCUGAAAAGUUCAAACGAAUUCAACAAAAUCAUUAUGAUCGAAAACGUGAAAGAGAAGCAAGAAUUUUAAAUGGAACAAACGAAGAAGUUCAAGCGUAUCGUCAAAAGAAACGUGAGAAUACAGCAAAGAAAAUGCAAAGACAUAAAGAACGAACUGGUUUUUCAACUUAUAGAAGCAGUAAAAUACAUAAAUUGAAAACCCUUAUUGAAAGCGAAAAAGGAACUCCGGAAGAUAUUGAUGAACUUUCCAAAAUGCGAGAAAAGGAUCGAACUCGACAUUCGCUACAUCGACAGCGCAAGAAAGUUGAAAGAUACAAAGCAAUUUACAACAAACAUGCUUAA